AUGCAGUAUCCACCGCCGCCCGGUGCGAUGUGGGUCCCGGUCGGCGCGGGUCCCCCCGGUGGCGCGAUUCCGUUCGCGCCGGCUCCCCCGCCCCUUCCGAUGCUGCCGUCGCUCGACGCCCUCUGCUCGCGAGCGGUCGUGGACAUCCUCCAGAACGCCGAACGAGCGGACACGCUCGUGUUCGUGGGGUUUCACGCGGCGUGCACCAAGAUGUGCGAGCUCGAGGGCGUCGCGAACCUGGGCCAGCUCGGCGCGCACGACCCGGCCGCGCAGGUGCCGCUCCUGGGAAGAAUUCUGCAAAUCGAGCAGAUGUCUACCGCUUUCGUCGGCUCGUACAUCGCGCAGAGAUCGAUCGUGACGCUGCGCGACAUGGAGAGAGAGCUCGUGGCGUUCCUCAGGAGCUAUAACCUGCAGCCGAGGACCGAGACCUCGGGCGGGGUGACCCGCAUCGCGCCCGACCUCGCCACCAAUUCGGAGGAGAUCUCCCUCGACGAUCCCGACGAGAACAACGACGACACAGCUGUGCGCGACGAGAACGUUCUCGUCGGCUUUCGAUGCAUGGGCGUCGGAUCCCUCGCGGCACUCCCCGUCGUCGCCGCGGCGUUCGGUCCGCCCUUAAAGCCGUCCUCCGUGACGCGCGGCGCCGACGACGGCACAGCUGUGCGCGACGACGACGACACAGCUGUGCGCCAACUCGACCCGCUCGCCGAGCUCGCCGAGUUUUUGGAGAAUCGAGCCGCGUCCGGGACGAACCGACUCGCGAACGAAGGCCGCGGCGUCUCGCUCGGCGCCGCGUUCGAGGCGCACCUCGCGACGAAGCUAGCCGGGAAGCUAGCGGUGAACGGCGGGGGGGCGUCGUCGUCGUCGCCAGCUGUGUCCGUUCUUCGCGAGCGGGGGAUCCUGGUGCGGCACGACUCGUUGCGACGGGAGCGAGCGUGCGCGGCGCACGUGGGGAACGCGCUACGCGCCGAGGCGAGACGGGCGCGGGAGGACGCGCUACGCGCCGAGGCUGACGCCGAGCUGGCGGCGACACGGGCGGCGAGGGCGAGGUCACGGGCCGGGGCGGGGCCGUUAUCGGCGCCGAGGCUGGCGCCGCCCGCGAGCUCUGACGCGCUCGCGUUCAUCGAGGAGACGCGGCGCGCGGGGGGAUUCGACCCGCGGUGGCGGCCGUCGCGGUCCAAGGUUUUGGCCGCGGCGGCGAAGGCGGAGGCGUCGUCGGUGUUGACGCAGGACGCCGCGUUCGCCGCGGCGGCUGAGUACGCGGCGCUGCACCUGUGCGGGGGUAAAUACCGGGCCAAGGCUUUCGAACCACCCUCCGACGACGACGAGGACGGAUCCGGGGCGUCGAUCGAAUCCACGUCAGGUUCUUCGGACGCCGACGACGACGAUGAUAACGACGCCGACGACGACGACGGCGACGCCAAAAAGGAGGAGGAGGAUGAGGACGCCGGUGUCCCGCCGGCGAAGCGCUCCAAAAAGGAGGAGGGCUCCAAGUCAUGUUGGGAGGGUCGGAUGGGUUCGGAGUUUCGCGGCGCUUCCGCCACCGGCCACCACGCGCCCGUUCCCGACGACGACGUCGACGACGAUGGACCGCUAAACCCCAACCCUACACCCGCGGUGACGACCGUGGGGUACGAUGAGCUGGUGGGGUGCUUGCCGUGGUGGGGCGACGGUGAGGUUUCGGAUAACAGGCGCGUCGGUCGAUGGGGCGAGGCGCUGGUGUACCGGUACCUGCUGCAGAGGCACCCGGGGUGGACCGUGACCUGGGUCAACGAACACGCGGAGAGCAAAUCGUUCUACGACGUCAAGAUGCGAAACGUUCGCGACGGGAGGAUCGUUUUCGUCGAGGUGAAGACGACGAGGUCGGCGGACAAGAACGCGUUUGAGGUUUCGCCGUGGGAGUGGGAUUUCGCGUGCAAGCCUGGGGUGGAGUAUCACGUGUACAGGGUGUACUCGGCGGGCGAGCGUGGACGGACGCGGAUCACGAUCGUGAGGAAUCCGGCGAAGCUGGUGCGGGAGCACGCGAUAUCGAUGGCUUUGGCCAUUUAG